AUAAUGUCUUUGAAUACCGAUAUUCGACGAAAAGUUUCUUAUUCACGUUCGGAACUACGGAUGCUGCGAUUCCAAGUAGAAUAGAAAGCACUGAUAACUACUUCACUGCAAUUCGUUCCACUCAUGAUGGUCCUUGUUUUGGGAAACGAGAUCUUUUCUUUAAUUUGAAUAAUCGGUCAGGGGUCUACGAUUCAGAAAUGUACACUGUGUCAAUAUUAGAUAGACAUUAUUUUGAAAUAGCUGAAUUGGAAGUAUUUAAGGUUGUGAAAAUAUAA